AUGUCUAUUUCAACCACUCCUCCGGUAAUCAAGUUGGCUUUGCACACCCCAGCGUUAACAGAACUUCAAUCAGUAUUAACUGAUGGUCUGCAGAAGAGCUUCAAAUCGGCAUCAGUCAAUGUUGUUGAUUGCCCAAAUCUCACUGAGAAACCAUUUAUGCUUGCUGCAGCAGGAAUUUGUGGCAGUCCUCGUCUUGCUGAUAUUGGAGGUCCUCCAUUUCUGCUUCCUGAAGUUCAACGGCAAAAAAUUUAUCAGACUGAGAUGUUAUCCAAGCUGAUGGACCUUCCUGGAGCUUUUUUAAUUGGAGCUGGAGCAGGGCCUGGACAUGUUGAAGGUGUAAAUUCCGAGAUGAUGUGCAAUGUGAAUUUGAAAGAUGUUAAUGGAUGUCAGACACAUUUGGCCAAAGUUGAUCCAAAGGAUGGAAGCUGCAUUUUAAAACAAACCAAAUCAACUGAAUUCAUGUUGAUGGCUAAUUUGCUGUGCUCAGAAGGCAAAUCAGGAAAAGUUUUGGAAAUAAAAGCAAGUCAUCGUGUUGGUGAUGAUAACUUUCCUACAACAGUACGAAAGAUCUUGAAAGCUAAAUAUGACACAAAGCCUGUGGCACUGGCUGGUGUAUUUUUGCUUGAAAAGGGUAAAGCAAAACUUCAUGUCAUGCCAGACUUUUCCUGUAAACCUCUUAACUCCAUGGAAGAAGUGAACAAUUGGCUUCAUUUCUAUGAAAUGAAGGCCCCCUUAGUCUGCUUGGGGGAACUUAUUUCCCAUGAUCCAGACUUGGAUCUUCGAGAGGAACAUUUCCAUUGUUUCAGUGACCACGGUGAAGGAGGACAUUAUCACUAUGAUAUCACUCCAGAUGAAGUGGCAUACCGAGCAUAUUUCUCUGUGCCAGAAACUCUUUACAGAAUUGACAAACCACCAAAUUUGUUGAAUUUUGGUAAAGAUUAA